ACACCCGCACGUCGGUGACGCUGAUGUACGGCGAGCCCAACGGCUUCACAGCCAUGGCCAAGACUGUCGGCGUGCCGUGCGGCAUUGCCACGCAGCUGAUCCUUGACGGCAAGAUCACCAAGACCGGCGUCAUUGCGCCCAUGACCAAGGACGUCUACGAGCCCAUCAUGCACAUUCUGCCAUCCGAGGGCAUCAACGCUGUCGAGCAAACUCUCUAAAAACAAAUAGCAGCCUCUUGUCAAGCCCGACAAAAUAUACAGGUUUUCUCUUUUCUGAAUUUUGAAUUCUUGUAUACUAGCUUUCCCUUGCUCACAAUGGCGGCGCUGAUGCGAGAGACACAUCCGCUGACGCUAAAAGUAAUGCGUCUGUCGCGGCCACAGCUGUCGCUAGCAAAGCAGCUGCCAGUAGACAGCGGUUCGGUAGUUGCAGCAGCGCUGAGCGAGUACACGCAGAACCACCCGACCGACAGCGGCAAUGUGCUCAGCACCCAGCCGUUCAACACGGCUGAGCAGCCGUUGGACAACUUCCCUGUGACAGAGACACUGGUUCUGCCCAAGUCGUUCGGGACAAUGUACCUGGGCGAGACCUUCAGCGCCCACCUCUGCGUCUGCAACGAGAGCACAUUGAGUGUGCGUGACGUCUCGGUGCGCGUCGCCAUGCAAACGCAGACGCACCAGCAGCAGCCGUUCAUUCUGCACAAUAACGCCCUGGGCGCACUGGCUACAGCCCAGGCCGGCAACAUCCAGGUCGCGCAUGAGAUCAAGGAGCUGGGCACGCAUAUUCUGGCCUGCGCAAUCACGUAUCUGUCGGCGCAGGGCGAGCGCAAGACCCUGCAAAAGUCGUUCAAGUUCCAGGUCGCCAACCCGCUGAUUGUCAAGACCAAGGUGAAUCACCUCAACGCCGAUGUCCUGCUCGAGGUCCAGGUGCAGAAUGCCACCCAGGCCACCAUGGCCUUGGAGCGCCUGAGGUUCGAUCCCGCCGAGGUCUUCACUAUGGAGGAUUUGAGCGCCCCCGGAAAUGCCUUCCUGCAGGCCGGCGAUAUUCGCCAGCACCUGUACCGGCUACGGCCCAAGCCCGCUGGGUCGCUGGAGGAGGAGCGGGCGGUGCGGUAUGCAGCGGCGCUGGGCAAGCUCGACAUUCUGUGGCGCGGCGCCUUUGGCAGCGUCGGCCGUCUGCAGACCAGCCAGCUUGUGCGCAAGUCCCCCGGAAUGUUCCCCAUUGACAUUGCCAGGGCCACGGUCUCUGAGCAUGUCCGCAUCGAGGCGCCGUUUACUGUCAAUGUUGAACUGCGCAACCUGUCCGAGCACCCGAUGGACCUGGUUGUGGCCGUGGGCAGGCAGCCCAAUGUCGUCUUGUGCGGCCUGGGCAGGCGGGAGCUCGGGAUGGUCGAUGUCGGCGAGUCCAAGGAACUUGCACUGCAGUUUGUGCCCUUGCAGGCUGGCGUGCAGAGAGUCGGUAUGGUCAGGGUGAAGGAUGUGCGAAGCGGUUAUACGCGAGACGUGGAUCACCUGGUCGACGUGGCUGUAUCGAGCUGAGUGAUUCAUAUAUACAUGCAUCUCCUUUUGCCGCAGUCGCAGCCCUGCUAAAUCGUUUUGCCGUGAAUGACAAGAUAGCGCGGAUAAGGGAGA